UUUGCUUAAUAAUUUCAUAUUUGUGCACUUGUUCCAGAGACUUCUUAUACUGAGAAAUGUAGUCAUCGAACUCAAUGCUCCCAGAAGAGAAAGACUCCUGGGCUUCGUCACACUUAGCCCUGCUUUCGUCUAUUUUGGCAUUCAGUGCAUUGACGAUAUUUUCCUUACUUAGUUUCAUCAUAAUUUCUUGUUCUUGCUCUUUGAGUUCGUCAUAUUCUUUUCUGAUUUCCAGGUAUUGCUCAUAAAGUUUUUCGAUGUCAUCCUUAAGCUUCAUGUUCUCUUCGGCCUGAGCCCUGAUUCCUUUGAUGUUGUCAGUGAAGGUACUCAUGUCUUCAUUUAGAAGUGCUUUAAGCUCAUCAUUGCUCAUGCCUUCUAGCUGGUCACAGACUUGGUCAAAGUCAGGGUUUUGGAGUAAAGAAGAGGUCUUAGAUUUUGGUCCAGAAGCUAUCUUCACUUCUUCCUCAACCUCAUCUUUAAUUAACUGAGGCGGAGUCUUAUCAAACUCGGAGUGAAUCGACCUGAUUGCGAAUAGUAAAGAAGACUGUUGUGUCCAGUUUGUCAAUGAGGGGUGAUUAACCUGGAAGUUCUUCCCAAUAUAUUGGUGGCCCACCUUCGCAUUCAAAAUUUGGAUGAUUGGCUUCUGAAUUGGGUAUCUAGCAGGUAGUAUUACCAAAACCCAAAGGUUUCCCUUAGAAGCAGAAAUCUUUAAUGGGACUUCUAUCUCUGCUUCUUCUCCUUUUCUCGGUCUAGUUCUGGUGUUUUUAUACGUACCAACGACUUCGUUGACCGCAUAUUGCUUAAACAUUUCAUGCCUAUUCAUUUGUAAUUAUUAA